GACGGACAACAACAGGUGCAUCAGGACAAUGCGGCCGAUGUCCCCUCGGAAAAUGAGCUCAAGACAGCUCUAGAGAAGGGCAGCGACGAGCAGAAGAUUGAGACAAUGGUGCGUCAGCAAGACGGCAAUCCACAUGCCGCGGCGGUGCAGUAGCACGGUUAACAACCAAACAGAAGAAGAUUCUGGCCAUUAUGCUCAACGGCGACCCUAAGACGGGUCUUCUCAUGCACAUAAUACGAUUCGUUAUGCCUAGCAAAUCAAAGCCGCUCAAGAAGCUCAUGUACUUCUUCUUCGAAGUGUGCCCGAAGCACGAUGCGCAAGGCAAGCUGCGGCAGGAGUGGAUCCUGGUCUGCAACGCUAUUCGUUUCGAUCUGCAGGCGCCCAACGAAUACGUGCGAGGAAACACGCUGCGCUUUGUCACAAAGCUACGAGAUGCAGAGCUUGUAGAGCCGCUGCUACAGCCUGUCCGCCAGUGUCUGACACACCGCCACGCAUACGUCCGCAAGAACGCUACUUUCGCUAUCGCGUCCAUCUUCACUCACCUCCCCGAACUUAUGCCCGAUGCGCCAGAUCUGCUCACCACGUUCCUUGACGACGAAAACGACCCCACCUGUAAGCGCAAUGCUUUCGCCGCGCUCACAUCGAUCAGCCACGAGAAGGCGCUCGAAUAUCUGAGCACAGUCUUCGAUGCAAUUCCGAACCACGAAGAGCUUUUGCUCCUUGCAGAACUCGAGUUCAUUCGCCGUGACGCCGCCCUCAAUCCAGGUAACAAAGCCAAAUACCUGCGCCUGAUCUUCGAUCUCCUUGAGUCCCAAGUCUCGACCGUCAUUUAUGAGGCCGCACACGCCCUGACAACCCUCACAAGUAACCCAGUUGCUGUCAAGGCCGCUGCAGGGAAAUUUGUGGAGUUGGCUGUGAAGGAACCUGAUAACAAUGUCAAGCUCAUCGUUCUGGAGAGGGUGAACCAGCUGAGGGACAAGAAUGAGGGUGUUCUCGACGACCUGACUAUGGAGAUUCUGCGUGUCCUGUCGAGUACCGAUCUCGAUGUGCGCAAGAAGGCUUUGCAUAUCGCUAUGGAGAUGAUCUCCAGCAGAAACGUCGAAGAGGUUGUCCUGCUUUUGAAGAAGGAGCUGAUGAAGACUGUUGACGAACAGUAUGAUAAGAACUCCGAGUACAGGUCUAUCCUCAUCUCAGCUAUUCACCAGGCUGCUAUUAAGUUCCCCGAGGUUGCCGCAAGUGUCGUUGGUUCGCUCAUGGACUUCAUUUCCGACGUUAGCAGCAACGCGUCGGCUGUGGAUGUCAUCUCUUUCGUCAAGGAAGUCGUCGAACGCUUCCCAGAUCUCCGCCCAUCCAUCAUUGAGCGUCUCGUCUCAACUCUAGGGGAGGUCCGCGCUGGAAAGGUUUACCGAGGUGUUCUCUGGAUUAUCGGUGAGUAUGCGCUCGAGAUCAAGGACAUUCAGGAUGCCUGGAAGGGUAUCCGUUCCUCUCUGGGCGAGAUUCCCAUUCUUGCCUCCGAACAGAGACUUCUGGAUGAUGCGUCAGAGGGCAAGGAGACUGAUGACCAGGUCAACGGGCACACGAAGGCCGCGGCUCCGACAGGCUCACGCAAGGUCCUGGCUGACGGCACGUACGCCACUGAAAGUGCACUCACAUCUUCGGCCGCCGCCAAGGCGAAGCUUGAUGCUGUGAAGAACUCACAGAAACCUCCUCUACGACAGCUCGUACUUGAUGGAGACUACUACCUUGCUACCGUUCUUUCGAGCACACUCACCAAGCUUGUUAUGCGCUACUCAGAUCUCUCGCAAAACGUCGCACGGACGAACGCUCUGCGUGCGGAAGCUAUGCUUAUCAUGAUUUCGAUCAUUCGCGUUGGGCAGUCACAAUUCGUGAAGACUCUUAUUGACGAAGACUCUGUCGAUCGUGUCAUGUCUUGUGUGCGAUCGUUAUCAGAGUUCUCGCAAAAGAAAGCGCUCGAGACUGUCUUCUUGGAAGAUACACGAAAGUCUUUCGCAACCAUGGUACAGACAGAGGAGAAGAAGCGUGCCGCUAAGGAAGCCUCGGAGAAAAUGAAAUCUGCCGUCAAUGUCGAUGACUCGUUCAGCAUCCGUCAGCUCAAGAAGAAGGAUGCUGACGGGAGUGACGAGAUCGAGCAAGAUCUAGAGAGGGCAACAGGUGGCGACACUGCGACCGAGGAUCUUUCAUCGAAACUCAGCCGUGUGGUUCAACUCACAGGUUUCUCCGAUCCUGUCUACGCCGAAGCUUACGUCAAAGUCCACCAAUUCGAUAUUGUACUUGAUGUCCUCCUUGUCAAUCAGACAACCGAAACACUGCAAAAUCUCACAGUGGAGUUCGCAACUCUUGGUGAUCUCAAGGUUGUCGAGCGACCGGCAACGCAGAACGUUGGCCCUCACGAUUUCAUUAACUUGCAAUCCACCAUCAAAGUGUCUUCGACCGACACAGGCGUCAUCUUUGGUAACGUGCUAUACGAGGGUGAGAAGGGUGUCGACUCCAACGUGGUCAUCUUGAACGACGUGCAUGUUGACAUCAUGGACUACAUCAAGCCUGCACAGUGCACAGAGACACAAUUCCGGACGAUGUGGACCGAAUUCGAGUGGGAGAACAAGGUCAACAUCAACUCCAAGGCUAAGUCGUUGCGCGACUUCCUGGAGCAGCUGAUGGCUUGCACCAACAUGAGCUGCCUGACACCAGAAGCAUCAAUGAAGGGCGAUUGCCAGUUCUUGUCAGCCAAUCUAUACGCCAGGAGCGUAUUCGGCGAAGACGCUCUAGCCAACUUGAGCAUAGAGAAGGAGGGCGACAAUGGGCCGAUCACUGGAUUUGUCCGUAUUCGUAGUCGCUCGCAGGGGUUAGCAUUAAGCUUGGGGUCGCUGAAGGGCCUGAAUAAGGUUGGUGUUGCGUGAGAGAGCUAUUGAAAGGGAAUGAUUAUGAUAAUGCGGUGCACCAGCAAAAGUUCGGGCAUCGAAAAUUAGAUCUCUGUCGAGCAUUGCGCACCGCGUGUUGACCUAUGUAGUCGAAUGGUCACAUCACUGCAUAACACGGAGGCUUAUGUGUUGAUAUACGAUUUCGGUCAGAGGCCACGGCGUCACAUGCGGAAUUA